AUGUCAAAAGUUAAUGACUUUGGGUUUUCAGAAAGUAAUGGAGAUGAAGUUGGUAUUACUAUGAGUACACCAUUUUUAGAGAGUGACAAUAGUAAUACACAAAGUAUUAGUGGUAGAAUAGGUAGUAAUAAUAAUAGUAAUAGUAAAAACAGUGGUGGUAUUGGUAGUGGUGGCGGUAUAAAUAUUAAUGGUGAUCCAUAUGGUAAUAGUGGUGGUGGUGGAUCAAAAACAAGUAAUAAUUUCGGAUCGGGUACAAUUGCAUUUAUGAAAGGAUUAACUCAUCCAGUAGCAGCAUCAGUACAUGUAUUAUUCAAAUUAUCAGCGAUUUUAUUAUAUUUAUUUUCAGGUUUAUUUGGUGGAGGUUUCAUCCUUACAUUCAUUCUAUGUAUACUUUUAUUAAGUUUUGAUUUUUAUAGUGUAAAAAAUAUAACUGGUAGACUAUUGGUUGGUCUCAGAUGGUGGAAUCAAGUAGAUCCAAAAGAUGGUUCAAAUAAAUGGUAUUUUGAAACUGCACCAGAGGGUCAUAGAGUUAAUCAAAUUGAAUCAUUAAUUUUUUGGAUUACAUUAUAUGGCACACCAAUAUUCUGGAUUUUAUUUUUUUUAAAGUGUAUAAUUUCUCUUCAAUUUGCUUGGAUUUUAAUACCAAUAAUAGCAUUAUCAUUAAAUAUGGCAAACGUUUAUGGAUUUUAUAAAUGUUCAAAUAGUAAUGUUUCAAACGCAGCUGCAACAUUUGCAUCAAACUAUAUUGGUAGAUCACUAUUACAGCGUGCAAGUUCAUUUAUGUAA